CUAUGGGGGAAGCACGUGGGGAAUCUGGGCGUGCGGCCGCGUUUUGACUCUCGAUGCCACCGGCUGUUGCAGGGCUAGACCUGGAUAACUAUCUGUGUGCUGGACAGAGGGUGGAUGCGUUACGUAGCUGCUUAUCUUCUGGCGGCCCUCGGGGGCACUGAAAGCCCUACCAUUGCGGACCUGACAAAGAUCCUCAACAGUGUUGGCAUAGAAACCGAUCAACAUCGUGCAGAGAAGGUUGUUGGUGAACUGAAAGGCAAAAGCAUUGAUGAGAUUAUUGCCCAAGGUAACACCAAAUUAGCCAGCAUGCCAUCUGGAGGUGCCGUGGCUGCUGCUGCCAGUGGUGGAUCUGCUGCCCCUGCUGCUGGAGGAUCAGCUGCUCCCGCUGAGGAGAAGAAAGACGAGAAGAAAGAAGAGUCUGAGGAGUCUGAUGAUGAUAUGGGAUUUGGACUCUUUGAUUAGAGCUAUCACUUUCAAAUAACUCAAUAAAAGAAAUUUAUUGAUA